AUGGACCAACCAGCCGCCCAGCCCAGCCAAUCCUCACAGGACGUCUCCCCAGACUCCCCAAACGCCACAGUCUCCCAAAUACAGACGUUUCUCAAGUCCAAGGAUGACACCCAGCGCUUCGUCGGCCUGGCUCUGCUCAAGUCCGUCCUCGACAACACCCCCGACCUGCGGCAAGAUGAACAGGUCGUCGAGACCCUGUGGGACAGCAUAUCCCCCAGGUUCCUGGGCCGGCUCAUAAAGACAGGCUCCAAGGUCUCUGGAGAAAACACCAAGGAGAUGCUGGACCUUGCCGUGUCCGUCAUGCACACCUUUGCCGCCCUGCUGCCCGCGUCGGCGAGGGGCGACGACAAAUUCACGCAGAGAGUACCUGGACUGGUGGGAGCUGUAUUAUACAGUUCCGCCGAGACUACCGCAAUGCUGCUGCAACUGCUUCACACUCUGGUCAGCACGCCAGAGGGCGCAAAGGCAUUCAUCCAAGUCGGUGACGUCAGCGCCCUGAGCGAGAUCGCCCCUACGCACGCCAUUGUCAUGGACAUCUUUUGCUUUGCGUGGCUGAAUGGCAUGGCCGGCGUUGUGGAGAAGCACGUCCUGAUCAGUCAGGUUGUCGAUACCGUCCAAUCUCUGGUCUCUUCCUUCUCGGGAACCGACGCCGUCCUUCCCGUUGAGCCCGCGUGGCUAAAAACAGUCGUCGGCUUCAUCCAAACCCUCGUCACCAGUCGUCCCAACGCAGCCGCCAGAUCAGCCUACACCAACGCCGCUGCCUCCCUUCUCCAGGCCUACCCACAAUCAGCACCACAGCUGCUGUUCACCGAAGACCCGACGGGCGACAAGCCCUUCGGGUACCUUCUGGUCAAUCUCAUGCUCAUUGACAUCCGGUCAUGUGCGCCGACGCUUCUCGGACAACUAAACAGUCCCGAGUAUGCCAGACUCUCCCGUCGACUGGCGUCCGCCUUUGACGUGAUUUCCAUCUUCAUCGGCCAUCUUGUCCGCUGUCUCCAAGACGAGUCCCUAGACACGCUUAUCAUGUCCCCGGACAAUCUGUUGAGGUUGCGCAAGGGCAUUUCGGAAACCAUGUCCCUGGCGAUGGAGUACCUCCGCGACAGGUGGGACGCCACAUUUGCCGGUGCAAUGGGCCUGCACCCCGAUGCGAGAGCCUCCACUGCCGAAACGGUGUCUGGCUCGCAUCGUACAUUGGCUUGGGACUCCAUGGUGAACACAGCCGACGAGGAUCCGUUGAUCCUGUCGGCCGUGAGGGCGCUGGCGCUCUGGCUCAGGGAAGACGAGAACGAGAUGCUUCGAAAGGAAGCAACCGGUCUGAUUGACAUGCUGAUGGAGCUUUACCAAAGCAGCUCUUCAGAGAAACUAGACUUCCGAGAGGCCAUACUGGUCGGAAUGGAAGCCUUGGUCACCCUCCCGCAGGGGCGACAGGUGUUCCUCCACAACGACGGGUGGAAGAUCCUGAGCAAAGAUCUCGCGAGUCUUAUUCACGGCUCUGACGGGGUCGUAAAUGUAAACGCUUCGAGGGGCGUUGAAAUUGUGCGGGUUUUACUAUCCGUGGCCGAAGACGAGUCCUCGGGUACAUCAGAGGAAUGGAUGGAUCUCGUCACCGUCGCGGCAGCAUGGGACGUCCCCUGGCAGGACAUACCGCCACAGGCACGGGAGUUGCAGGUCGCCGUUUUGCAACUAUGCUGUACUUUGUUGGUUGGCGCUGGCGACGGCAUGCGCAACCGAUACAAGCAGUCGAUUGCUGCGAUUCAGAACAUGGCCGCUCAGCUGAAGCGCGAGGCCAGCAAGGACGGCGGGUUGGCAGAGGCCAUGGAAGACGUUGUAGAUACGUUGAACGGGGUGACGGUGGCGCUGCCGCUGCGGACCUACUAG